AUGUUCUUGGUUGGGUUGGGUUGGGUUGGGUUGGAAGGAGCGCCAGCAGGAGUAAGUAAAGUGUUAGAUGAGAAAUUUCGAUCAUUGGAAGAGCAAUUGCUAAAUUUAAAACAACAAAUCGAACAACAACAACAGCAGCAAUACGUUGAGAGUAACAGCAACAAUCAAAAAUCAAUGGUAUUCGGUGAUUCACUUCCAGAGCAACAAUUUCAUCAAGCGGCUGGAGCUGGAGCUGGAGCUGGAGCUCUACUACCUCUAACGCAACAACAACAACAACUCAUGUCACAGCGUGCUGGUUUGGCUGCAGCGGUUGCAUUGCCUGAGUUAAUGAUGGCUUCUUCACAAGAUGCUCAGGCGGCCGCCGCCGCCGCAUUCGACUAUAAUAAUGCCGCUGCUGCUGCUGAUUAUUCGACUGCUUUACAGCAGCCGUUCCCAUCGCAAUCCCAACUACAACAGCAAAAACGUUUAGUGUAUUGGCAACCCAUGAAGAAAUCUGCAGAUACUUCAAGAGAGCAAUUGAUUCGAGCUAUUGAGAGUCGACUAGCUGAGGUUAUACAUGCUGGCGAGAAGCUGGGCAUAUCGGCCGAUGAACUGCUGACACAUCUGAAGAUGCGAAAUGCUAUGGUACCUCGAUAA